AUGUCAAAGCCAGAAUUUACCCUUCGUACUGGGAUCUACGAUGCUAUCAGUCCUGAGAAAUUCGACAAGUCCUUGGCCGGCAAGGUCGCCAUUGUGACUGGCUCCAGUCGGGGAAUUGGGAGAGAGAUAGCUUCCGCUAUGGCCCGAGCUGGUGCUUCUGUUGUGAUCACAGGUCGGGCUGAGAAUGAGGUUCAGGAGACCGCCGCGGCGAUUUCUGCAGAGAACGAGGCGGCGAAAUCCGGGAACAAAGUCAUCGCAGUUGUCGGCGACGUAUGCUCCGACUCAGACAUGGAGAGACUUGUCCGGGAAACCGAAAAAUCAUUAGGCCCUGCCGACAUACUCAUUUGCAAUGCCGGAACGAAUACUUUCAUGCCAUUUCACCUGACGGACCCUUCGGAAUGGUGGAGGCAGAUGGAGGUCAACGUCAAAGGGCCGACAGAGCUCACUCGAAAGGUGCUGCCUUCAAUGCAGGCUCGCAACUCUGGGACAGUCAUCUAUACUUCAAGCCGAGCAGCCGCAGCGGAUCUGCCGUGGGCCGCAGCCUACAGUUGCGCCAAGACAGCCAUUACGCGAUUCGCAGGAGUGCUACAAAAAGAGCUGGACAUUCUACAGACGACGAGUCACGGGCAGAAUGGUAUUUCUCUCUUUUCAUUGCAUCCAGGCGAGGUCAAGACCAGGCUCCACACGAGUGCGUUUCCCGAAAAGACCAAGAAGGAAGCGCCAUACGUCGUUGAGCAUAUGGACAAGAUGGCAAAAAGUCAUCCCGACUUCAAGGCAGAGCUAGCAGCUUGGACUUGUGUCUAUCUUGCCGCCGGAAAUGGCAAGGGGCUCGAGGGCCGCUUGGUGGACGCCACACGCGAUAUCGAGGAGGUCAAGGCUCAUGUUCUCUCCAUUGAGAAACCAAAGAUUACCAAUGCUUGCGCUCCAUAA